AUGGAGGGACGAGUAUAUGCGUGGUUCUGCGUGGUCGGAAAACCGUAUAUGUGUUUCAUUGAUCGUUUUGGUCAACGUUCGUUUUCGAUGAGUGGACGACAGUUGGGUGAGCGACAGAUGCAUGAGCGGCCAUCCAGUGAGCGCAAGCUGACGACUACAAGUGCAGGCACAGUGCCCUCCUCCGAUCUGGAGAGACAGUCUGCGGAGAACAGGGCCGAAGCAGCCGCAGAGGAAAACCGAGCGGACUUAAGUGCACGUUCUGCGACUGGUUUCCGAUCAAAUACCCGUCCGACACGCUGGAGUGAUGCUUUGUUUCGGGACAACGUGGGGGGGCCGGAUUCGGCUGGAUACGCACACCCCGGCUACGCCUACUGGCGACGGUCGGAAGAAAACCUGGAGCCUUGCGAUGACCUGCACCUGCAGCGAGACCGCGCCACCCUGGAGAUGGAGAGGGAGAGGGACCGCGCGGCCCUGGACAGGGAGAGAGGAUACGGGGGAGAGAGGGAGAGGGUUUCCCUCGGAGAGAGGGAGAGGGGUCGACAUGAUCAUCGCGGGGGGACAGAGGGGGUGCGGCAGCGGAGUCAGUUGUAUGAUUCCGGUUUGAUCCCAGAGUCGUUGCCAGGGGAGUUGGCGUGUCGCAAGUUGCCCGGGGAGGAGUUGGCGGCUAUCCCGUCGCGUGCCCCGCCGGUGGCGGGUUACGAGACGAGCGCCGCUGCGCUGUGGCAGGGGCGGUCUGAGGGGAUUUUGGCGGCGAGUCAGUUGUUGGUUCAGCAGCAGCAGCAGCAACAAUUUUCGGUUGCGCCAGUAGCACCCGCAGCGCCUGCCAUUUACAUCCAGCAACAGGUCAGCGCGGACGGUGUGAUGCCUCCUCCGGCCCCGGCGCCAACCGACAGGAGACUUCUCAGCCGUGCUACUCGCAACGACAUGAUCCGCCGGCUCCGUAGAGCCUGGCGUAGGACCGCCCUCGCCGCACCUCUCAACCUCUUCACCAUCCUCGGCGUCUCUGCCGUCGUCGGAUUCUCCUACCUGCACCGCUGCGUCUCCCAACGAAGAAGCCUACGUAAUCGAAGAUCCGCACGCGUGCUGCUCAAACAGAUUAUGGACGAGCACCUCUGA